AAUAAAGGCAAUCCAUUAUCAUUUUACUCAUCAUCGACUAUUUUGAUCUUGCCGUGUGGACCUGCUUGAUUCCUACGUUUGGUGAAUUCUAAGCUUCUGCUUUUUUUAUGUCUUUUCUUUGGAUCUACCUCGAUGCUUGAUUAAUUUCUCUGUUGCUGUAAAUUCUCUAUUCAUUUCAUUCUCUUUCAAAUUAAACUUUAGUUAAUUCAUUGGAUUAUAUUGCCCAUCAUCUUAUUCGGGGAUUCCGCUGGUUUUCCUCUUCUUUUGCAGUUUCUGUUCUUGUUCAGAUGGUUGUUUGCUUAUUUCUUUGUCGUGCCUAUUGAGAUAGUCAUCUGGAAUAUAUCAUGGGUUGAUGAAAAUUUUGAGAUUAACAAUUGGAUAUAAGGGGAGUAAUUUGUGUUCCUUCAAAUCUGCAGUCUACCUGAGCUUAUGUGAAUUUUGCUAAUUUUAAAUGACAGUAUCUAUAUGGUCAUGCCCUCGUGCUUAAUCCUUAUGGGUCGUAUAAUUGGGGUUUGAUAUAUUUGGAUUUUGAUUUUAUUAGAGGGAUAUAUAUGAAUGAAUUUGGCCCUCAGAGAUAGGGUUUUGAUGCUUAUAUUGUAUUAAUGGCGAGUCCAGCUGAACUGUCCUCAUCGAUCAGUUUCACGUCAUCUUCUCAUGUCUCUAAUGGCUCUAUUAAUAAUAAAGAUGCCCUUGGAGGCUCUGAGAUGGGGCUCAAUCUCGAUAUCAUCAGCUUAAGUAAGCUAAGCAGUAAUCUGGAGCAACUUUUAUGUGAUUCCAAUAGUGAUUUCAGUGAUGCGGAUAUUGUAGUUGAAGGCACUAGUGUUGGUGUUCACCGAUGUAUAUUAGCUGCUAGGAGUAAAAUUUUUUGUGAUCGUUUUGGAAAAGACAAGGGAUCCAUUGGGAAGGAAAGCAGACCGAAGUACUUUAUGACAGACCUGUUGCCUUAUGGCCAGGUUGGAUAUGAGGCUUUUCUUAUUUUCUUGAGCUACUUAUACACAGGAAAGCUAAGGUCAUCUCCACCAGCAGUGUCAACGUGCGUUGAUAGCAUUUGCGCCCAUGAUGCCUGCAGACCUGCCAUCAACUUUUCUGUGGAAUUGAUGUAUGCGUCCACUAUUUUUCAAGUUUCGGAACUGGUCUCACUUUUUCAGCGUCGACUUCUGAACUUGGUCAGCAAGGCUAUUGUAGAAGAUGUUAUCCCAAUACUGAUGGUAGCCUAUCAUUGUCAAUUACCUCAACUUCUAACACAGUGUGUCCAUAGAGUGGCACGAUCAGACCUUGAGUCCGUUGCUAUUGAAACUGAGCUUCCAUACAACAUUGCAGAGGAUAUUAGAUUGUUCCGCCUUAAUUCUGGGGCUGAAAAUGAGGUAACCGUUGAUCCCUUGCACGAGAAGAGAAUUAAGAGAAUACACAAGGCAUUGGACUCGGAUGAUGUUGAACUUGUCAGGCUUCUCCUAACUGAAUCUGAUAUAACCUUAGACGAAGCCUACGCUCUCCACUAUGCUGUUGCAUAUUGUGAUCCUAAGAUAGUAUCUGAGGUUCUUAGUCUAGGUUUGGCUGAUGUCAACCUUCGGAAUAGGCGGGGUUACACUGUGCUUCACAUUGCUGCUAUGCGCAAGGAGCUAUCAAUUAUAGUUUCUCUUUUGACUAAGGGAGCAAUUGCAUCAGAAAUGACAAUGGAAGGACAAAGUGCAGUUAGCAUUUGUAGGAGAUUGACGAGGCCGAAAGAUUAUCAGGCAAAGACGGAGCAGGGGCAGGAAGCAAACAAAGACAGGAUAUGCAUUGAUGUUUUGGAGAGAGAGAUGCACAGGAAUCCAAUGGCUGGAGAUGUGUUGAUGUCUUCCCUGACAAUGGCUGAUGAUCUGCAUAUGAAACUGCUCUACCUAGAAGACAGAGUAGCAUUUGCACGAAUGUUUUUCCCCACUGAAGCUAAGCUAGCUAUGGAAAUUGCACAUGCUGAGACAACUUCUGAGUUAGCUGGCCUUCUAUCAUUAAAAGGUUCGAGUGGGAACUUGAGGGAGGUUGAUCUGAAUGAGACACCCCACAUGCAGAACAAAAGGUUCCUCGCAAAAAUGGAAACCCUCUCAAGAACAGUUGAGUUGGGUCGUUGGUAUUUCCCUCAUUGCUCUCAAGUGCUGGAUAGGUUUAUGGAGGAUGACUUGCCCGAUCUAUUCUAUCUAGAGAAGGGUACUCCGGAGGAGCAGAGAAUAAAGCGGACACGCUUUAUUCAACUCAGAGAUGAAGUUCAAAGGGCAUUCAACAAGGACAAAUCCGAGCUUCACGGCUCCAGAUUAUCUUCAUCUUCCACCAAACAGGGCGUAAAUUACAAAGCAAGGAAAUUGUAAAGAUGCAUUAUGAUUUAUGCAUCUGAAAUAAUCUUGACAAAUUAUACUCUUUUGGAUUGAAGAUAGAGUCUUUAACAAACUCGAAGUGGAUGUUUGUGUAAAAUUUUGGAGGGAAUAAACUGUUUUCCUAGUAUAAGAUAGGUGCAAGCGUGAAUCUAUACUAAACUUGUGGUGUUAAAACUGGUGCAAGAGAUCUUUAAGGAAAUGUUAUAUUGUUUGUCGGAUCGAGGUAA